UAUUCAGCAACAAAGCAACUGUUGUGUUUAUGAAUAUGUCAAGGAUGAAUCGACUCUCACAAUUUAUUUAAGUCCACAGAUUCAUUCGCAAAAAAUAACCCACUCUAGCCUAACAUAUUAGGACUGAACCGAUCUGAAUGCUAACAGAAUCCUCUACCACGUUGCGUCUUGGCAAGUCAUCUGAUGUGCGUCAAGGUGAAUUUGUGGUUGCCAUGGGGAGCCCCUUUUCUCUUAAAAACACCAUCACAUCUGGAAUCGUCAGCUCUGCUCAGAGAGACAGUAAAGAACUGGGUCUCUCCAACUCCAACAUGGACUACAUCCAGACGGACGCUACCAUAGAUUUUGGAAAUUCAGGAGGGCCUCUCAUAAACCUGGAUGGUGAGGUCAUCGGCAUUAAUACCAUGAAAGUGACAGCAGGGAUUUCCUUCGCUAUUCCCUCUGACAGAGUCAGUCUCUUCCUUGACCGAUCUGCUGACACGUUAAGAAUGACCUCACAGCUGCUUGCUUUUGUCUGUGACAGAAUUUUUUUCACUGACAGAUGGUUAUUGGGUCUUUUUUUCAGAGUCUUGGUUUGGAGAAUCGGGAUCGAAAAGGCGUUACAUUGGAGUGAUGAUGUUGACUUUGACCCCCAGUAUAAUCGAAGAGCUAAGGAUGCGAGACCCGUCCUUCCCUGAUGUUUCUCAUGGAGUUCUCAUCCACCGUGUGAUUGUAGGAUCUCCAGCCAACAGAGCCGGAAUGAAGCCAGGAGAUGUUAUUAUUGAGAUCAAUGGGGUAAAGGUGAACACGUCGUAGGAGAUAUAUAAUGCUGUGAGGACCAGUGAAAGCUUAAAUGUGGUGGUCCGCCAGG